AUGGAUGAGGGCCACGGAGGAGGAGGAGGCAGGACCCUGCGUCCCCCGGGAGGAGGGAGGCUCAGUGGCGGAGCAGCCGGGUGGGGAUUGGAGCUCCGCCGCGUCAGUAUCUGGAUCAGCCUCCGCCUCCUGCGAGGGGAAGUGAUCCAGACGGUGACGGAGACCCCCGAGCCCGGCAGCCGUGCACCUGUGCCCGGGAUGGAGGGAGAGAUGCAGCCGAAGAUGAGCCGCCAGGAGCGGGGUCCGGUCAGCAGCCUGAAGCCGUUCCAGAGCAAGCGAUCCGCGGGCAAGUGUCGCUUUGACAGGUCGGCUGCCGGGGUGGAGGUGGAGGUUCCUCUGCUCGGCGACGGGCAUCACUUCACUUUCCACCCCGAGCAGCCUCAUCAUUUCCAGGCGAACCACCACAACCACCACAACCACCAGCAGCACCAGCAGCACCAGCAGCGUGUGCAGCACCAGAGCCCGGUCGCCAUCAGCAGCAGCAGCAGCAUCCAGCAGCAGCAUCAGCACCAGAUGCAUCAGCAGCAUCAGCAGCAUCAGCAUCGCUUCCCGUGUGAGAGCAGGCCCAGCAGCAGGGUCCCCACAUCCUCAGCCCCCCUCGGUGCCCAGCAGCCCAGCUUGUCUCCGGACUGCAGCUACAGCAUCAGCUCAGAAAACCGUCUCAUCUUGGAUGCCUUCGCUCAGCAGUGCAGCCGAGUCCUCAGCCUCCUCAACAACGGUCGUCUCCUGGAGCCUUCGUCCUCCUUCGGCUCCAACAUCAAGCUGGAGGACGCUCAGGGGCUUCACUGCUCCUCACUGGGGAAGCCCAAACUCGAAGAAAGCUCGUCGACCACAGACCCAGAAGAGGAGGCUCAACAAAGCCAUCAGAACCAACAACAGACCUCUGCCGUUCUGCGCAUCUUCACAGACUCCCUCCAGAGCUACCUCCUCUCAGGGCCUCAGCAGCAGCAGCGUCUGGCUGCAGGUCUGGAGGACGAGCGGUGUCCGGUGACAGAGCCCGGUUCAGGGGUCUCUCCUCAGAGACACACCCUGGGAGGCUGGGGCUCGCCCACUCCGUCGGAGUCGUACGGCCACCCGUCGUCCACGCUGCCCGAGGAGGAGGAGGAGGAGGAGAACUGCUGUCCACGCUGCCUGGAGCUGGAGCAGGAGGUGCUGUCUCUGCAGCAGGAGAACGAGGAGCUCCGCAACAAGCUGGAGAACGUUCCAGUUCCCUGUCAAAAUGCUCUCGACUACUUCAAGACUGUUCUGGAGUUUCACAACCAGCUGAUCCAGCCGCUGCCGGAGGAGCAGCUCACAGAGGAAGAAGAACGGCAAACAGUCUUUGAGGGCAGUAAACAGCUCCUGGAGAACUACCCUCUGUUCAUCAGUAACAAGCAGUGGGAUGAAGCCGUCAACUCCUCCAAGAAAGAUGGCCGCCGGCUGCUGCGCUACCUGAUACGCUAUGUCUUCACCACGGACGAGCUGAAGUUCUCCUGUGGUCUGGGGAAGAGGAAGCGCUCAGUCCACUCAGGGGAGCCGGGCCUGGAGAGACGACCGCUCAACCCCGUCAAAGUCAGCUGCCUCAGAGAGUUCAUCCGGAUGCACUGUGCCUCAAACCCAGACUGGUGGAUGCCGUCAGAGGAGCAGAUCAACAAAGUGUUCAGCGACGCCGUCGGCCACGCUCGCCAGGGCCGGGCGGUCGGCACGUUCAUCGGCAGCAGCGGCAGCAGCACCAGCAGCCUCUACAUGGACAGCUUUGAAGGACACCUGUCACAGGACGAACUGUAUUUAAAAGGCUGCCAGAACGGCCAAUCAGAUUGAAGGUGCGAAAGACAAAAUGGCCGAGAUGUAGCUGUAUGACAACACAUAUCCCAAAACACUGACCUUAUCCUGUCACUUUACACAGUGAAGAAAACAUUCCAGAAGUUUCUCAUACAGAAAAUAACUACUUUCCUCUUUUCAAAUAGUUUUCUAGCUUUUU